AGGACUCGUAGCGAUGCUACUAUAUCGAGUCUUAACGACUCUGUCGGCUCAGCAAAAAAGGGCACGAGAUUCUACGCUGAUAGAAAUAGUCCUAGGACUAUCAAAGAGGCGGUUUAUCCUGUGCAAACAACUAAGCAACCGCCGGUUUUGACGACUACUUCCCCAUCGUCUCAUUCUCAAACUUUGAAUGUAUGCAAUCCAAAGACGGGCCGGAUUCACCUAGAAGUGCCAUUCGUACCUGCAAAAGCUCUUCUCGAGUUCGCCGCACCAAUUGGGACACCUGUGUUGGAGUAUCCAGCAGAAUGUCACAACUGCAAGGUUGCUGGUCCGUUUGCACUGACGUUGGAAGUAACCACUGAACCCCUGAAUUUCCUUCUGACCAAGAAAGUGCAAGGGGUCGUGAAAUACACUGCCUGCAAUGGCUAUCGUCCUAGGAAUGUUAAAAUGUACUGUUACCUGGAAAGUGCUGUCAAGGUACGACGAUGGACUCAUAGUCUGGUGCAUACAUUCGCGGAUUCAGAUAAAAUUAAAUUCGAUAUUGUUCUCGCUAAAGGUAAUUUUAUGUUUUUCGAUAUCCGUUUCUGA